AUGAUUGAACCAACAGACAUAAAUGUUGAUUAUUGUGAAGAAGAACGAUUAACAUCACGUUCACUUGGUGAUUGUUUAAGAAAUCUGGAAAAAGAAAAUAUAAUAAAUCAUAAUUUUAUAUUACUAUAUGGUAAUGGUACAUUGUUAACAAGUGAAAAAUUAAAUAGUUUAUUUUAUAUUCAUAAAGAAAAUAUAAGACAAGAUAAAAGUUGCAUAAUGACACUUGUUUAUCUUCAAUUAAAUUCAAAUCAUUUUGAACAUUCAUCAUAUACGGAUGAUCAACAUGUAUUUGUUUUACGUGAUAAUAAUACACAUCGUGUAUAUGAUUAUUCAAAUGAAUAUCUUGAUAAAUAUCAAAUAUUGCUUGAUUUAUUUAAACAACCAAAUAUAACUACGGAAAUAUAA